CGGGCCCGGGCGGGGGCGCCGUCGGGACGCGGCGGCGGCGGAAAAUGGCGCUGACUCAGGGGACCAAGCGGAAAGUCUGCUACUACUACGACGGGGACAUUGGAAACUAUUAUUAUGGACAAGGUCACCCCAUGAAGCCUCACAGGAUCAGGAUGACUCACAACCUCCUUCUCAACUAUGGCCUUUACAGAAAAAUGGAAAUCUACCGACCCUACAAAGCUAGUGCCGAAGAGAUGACCAAAUACCACAGUGAUGAUUACAUCAAGUUUCUGCGGUCGAUUCGCCCAGAUAACAUGUCUGAAUACAGCAAGCAGAUGCAGCGAUUCAAUGUGGGAGAAGAUUGCCCUGUGUUUGAUGGCCUGUUUGAGUUCUGCCAGCUUUCUACAGGAGGCUCUGUGGGUACGUAGCAACCACAGUUUUAAAAAAGAAAAAUCUCAAAGGAUGGACAAACCGUGCUGCUUGAUCUACUGAGGGCCUAAAUUUCGUUAGCAGAAUUGCAGGCUGUGUGUCCGGAUAUCUGGUUUCUGCUCUUCUUAGGCCAGGCAAUGAUGUGAUUGUUUUGAAUUUAAAACAUCGCUUUGGGUGCAGAACAGCUCUUUUGAAUGCAAACUAUUUCAAGCAUUUUGGAAAAAAAGGCAAGAGCUCACAAAAGCUUAGGCCUUUUAACAAAAUUUGUUAGUCAGAAAAGGGGCUAUCAGAAUUCUGAUUUUUUGCCACCCUAGACUGUCCUCCUAUCAAACAUUUUGGAAGUAUCUUGAGCUAAGGCAGUUGUUUUGAGCUUGAGACAUUCUGUUUCAUGCUCAGAUCACUUUCAAAAUGCUCGAAACAGCUGUUUCCACACUCAAAUGGAGUGUUUUGGAUUCACAAUGACUCACAUCAAAAUGUUUUGUACAAUCUGCAUGAUAGAUACACGGGUGAAUGUUUCUAGAGAAUGUUUUCUCUCAUGCUUCCAUGAAUAGUCAUCCCAGAAUAGUAUUUGUACAGAUCUGGAUAAAUAUUUAGGGAUUUGUGGAUCCCCGAGAAUCCAAAGCUUCCCUGCCUUCCCUGCUUUUGAUCUUUUUAGGUUAUUUUAAUUAAAAAAAAAAAAGGAAGCUAGAGUGCUGAACAAUAAUAAUGUCCUCUGAUGUCAUUGUAAUUUUUAAAAACACCUGUGAUCCCCACAGUUGUUCUCUGAGCAUACUUAGAAAUUAGGAAUGUCUGAUGGCAGCCACUCCUGCAUCCUCUGGAAGCAUGUCCACCUGCUGAGAGGAAAAAAACAAUCCAGGUCGCCUGGGGCAGUAAAGACCAAACUGACUGGCUAAAGAGGUAUUUUGCCCCUGGGUCUCCUUGGUAGCCAUUUUGUGAGAGUGCCCACUGUAUGCUGUCAAGUUGCGCACUUGGCUACCUGCCCAAAAGGGUUGCCUGCUUUUGGUAUGGACCCAGAUGUUAAAUGAUUCUCAGAACAGGGAGAGCUGGAAAGAUCAAAUACAGUCCAUCUUUACGACUAUCCAUGCUGUGUGUACUUUUGUAUAUAGUGUAUGCCUCACGUGUCAUGAAUCAUGCCUGAAAUUGUUGGCCUGAAAUGGGAGAGGGUGCGUGGGGUGUGCCCCUCAUCCCCUGACCUUGCCUCGGUGCACAGCCAGGCCUAAACAGGAGUGCUAGUUGUAUCUGCUCAGAAGCAAGGAAAAACCUGCGAUUGGGAAUCCUGUUUAAUCUGCUCUGUAGCUCCCCUUCAGAACUUGCUACUCUAGAAAAGUCAGGGACUGGAGGGAGCAGAGACCAGCAUGGCUGUUCCUGCCUCUGUAACACAGUUUGGAAACGUGAGCUGGGGAGGCUGGCUCAAGAGCAGUGUUCCUCAACCUUGGCAACUUUAGGACCUGUGGACUUCAACCCCCAGAAUUCCCCAGCCAGCAAGUCAAGGUUGCCAAGGUUGAGACAUGCUGCUCAAGAGGGUAGAGUGCAUGUGCCUUUAGAUGUGUGCAUGUUUCUGAAAUAAACUCUCCAUAGCAUGGGUGUCAGGUGAAAAUGGUUCCUGGCUUUAUAAUUUGCACAUCUGUUUUGGAGAGUAGUGCUCUGUCAUCAGUUUUGUAGUUGUAACGGUUGCAAACACAGCACAGCACCGUGCUUGGAAACAAAGGGUUGAAACCUUAAGGGUAAAGUAACAUGGGAGGGCAGGUG